GAGAUUGAGAACUGCGGGUUCCUGGUACCAGAGACCAGAGCUGCACAGGGCUUCGAUAACGGGACCCCCCAGGGCGGCAUACUCAGCCCGUGCCUGUUCAACCUCCUGAUGGAGCAGCUGGUGGCGCUGCCCUUCCGGGAGGGCACCACUCUUCUGAGCUACGCCGACGACCUCGCCCUCGUCGUCACCGGGAGGGGCAACAAGCUCGCCAGGGCGCAGGAGGCACUUGACAUCAUCACCGACAAGUGCGAGGAGCUGGGGCUCAAGAUCUCCCCUGGGAAGUCGCGGGCCAUGGCCAUCAGGGACACCACGCCGGCCGCACAGCUGCGCGUCCAGGGAGUCGGGCUGGCCUGGACGUCCUCCUUCCAGUACCUCGGGGUGUGGAUAGACCAGCAGCUGUCCUUCACACAGCAGGUCACCUACCUGAGAGAAAGGACGCUGGCCCGGCUCAACGUCAUGAGGGCCAUGACGCGGCCGUGGGCGGGCGCCACCUUUUCCGUCCUCCGGCUGUACUACCUGCGGGCGGUGCGCUCACUGGUGGACUACAGCGCACCUGUCCUCGUAGGCCUGUCCCGGCACCAGCAGCGGCGCCUGGAGGUGGUGCAGAACAACGCCAUGAGGACCAUGUUGGGAGCACCGCGGUGGACCAGCGCCUGCGUGAUGCAGAAUGAGACCCGACUGGUGCCCCUCACCUGCAGGGUGGACUGCAUCAUGGCCUGCCGGGUGGCCAGAGUGCUGCAGCGCGACGCGGAGGGCGUGGCGCCGGAAAGACUCCGGUUAGCCAUGGCACAGGGCGUCGAGUGCCUCCACAACAACGGAUGGCUAAUCGGCACCACUAUUGCUGCCAACACCAGCCGGCACGCGGGUAACUGGCUGUGGCGAGAGCCGGACCGCCCGCACCCCACCUACAGGCCUUCUGCCCCCUGGGAGCCCUCUGCAGCAGUGUUCACUGCCACACAGCUGCCCGCCAGCAAGGCGCAGUGCACUACCGCGGAGCUGCGUCAGCACGCCUUGAUGGCCAUGGCGCAGGUCACUGAGCGGGGCGCUGCGGUGUACUACACUGACGGCUCUGUUGACCCCGACAGCGGGAGGACGGGCGCCGCCUUCGUCACUGGUGGACGGCAGCGGGCGCUUCAAGGCCACCCCAAGGACAACGUGGGCCUCAUCACCGCCAUCCUGGGCAUCCUGCAAAGCCUUGCAGCGCAAGGCAGGCGGGUGCGGCUCCACUGGAUCCCCAGCCAUGUGGGAGUCAGAGGGAACGACGCCGCCGACGAGGCCGCCAAGAGGGCAGCCAAAGGCCCCACCGUCACCACACCUGUGCGGCCGAGCCUGCAACAGGCCAAGACACAGGCCAAACACGCAGCAGUCCACCACGCCCACCAGCAGCUCCGAGAACUGGAGGGGACAAAGAAACAGGCAGCCUGGGACGCUGCGGCCACCGCCUACACCCAAUUGGACGCCGCCUACCAGCAGCGCAGGGCAGACGACGCGUUGCUGCAGCGCCUCAGACUGGGCUACUGCACCAGGGAGGAGCUGUACGACGGCUUCGAUGGGCGGAUAUGCGAGCAUUGUGAAGAGCGCGCCCGCCGCCCCCUGGUGCACUACCUACUGUCUUGCCCAGCCACCGCGCGCCUCAGACCAGCGCCAGCGGCUGCCGCCCAUCCUGCAGGAGACGGCCGGCCCCUGAGGCGGUGUGAAGCCAAGGCCGCCCUCACGGUCCGACACACCCCGUCACAGGUCCUCCUCGAGGUGCUACGGGCGGCACCCCCCCCCACGGUGACCAACGCCCGCACCCCGCACAGCCGGGCGACGUGA